AUGGAGUGGGGUUGGUGUGGGGGUGUACAUCCCCGCCUCCUUCUUGCCAAUCGAAUCAACAUUAAAACGUUACAAGCUGAUACAGGAAAAGUAGAGUCCGUUAUCAGGAAUCUGACCGACGUGGCAGCUGUAGACUUCGAUUAUAAUGAUGGCUUCCUCUUCUGGGGCGAUAUUUCGAAUGAUCAAAUCAUCCGUGCUAAGAAAACGGCCAAUGGUUCUGUAGUUGACAUUGCGGAGAUUGCGGGUGAAGACGUGAGGACGCCAGAAGGCAUAGCUGUUGACUGGUUAUACAACCAUGUGUAUUGGACUGAUGUUUCACCUCCAAAAAUUGAAGUCAUGAGCUAUGAUGGCAAACUGCGCAGAAGUCUUGUCACGGAAAGUUUGGACAAACCACGCGCCAUUGUGGUUGAUCCAUCGCAAGGAUGGAUGUACUGGACUGACUGGGGAAAUAACCCUAUGAUUUCGCGCUGUGGACUUAACGGAAAACACCGAAGAUUACUUGUCAACGAAGACAUCGUGUGGCCAAAUGGACUAACAAUUGGACUGUUAAGCGAAAUCAUGGCAAAUUGA